CAUUUAAUUCCAGGGUUAUCACGAUCCUGACACUCGCCUGACGCGAAUUGGUGGCCGAACAUCAUAUCAACUUGGGAGCGAUUAGGCUCCGAACCAUGAUAAUCUAACCGCAAGAGGGGCCUGAGUUACAUUACUCGGUUACCGAAAUGCUAAAGUGCGAGCUACAUACGUCUAGAAGGAGUCUCUCUCGUCCACAGGAAUGUCAGCUAGUCCCCUGCUUGGUUCAGUCGACUGCAGUUCUCGCUAUGAUACCACGUCCACCAGAAGGAUUGAUAGUGGUCCAAUUCUUCCUCUAGAUGACAUUGACAGAGAAAUUAUGGAGAAGAGGCUUCUCCGUAAGUUGGACCUUCGAGUAGCCUUCCUAGUUCUGAUUUACAUUAUGAACGUCAUGGACCGUACUAAUGUAGCUGCAGCGAGGUUGCGUGGUUUCGAGGAGGACCUUGGCAUGACGAGGAACCAAUUUAACACACUCACCAGCAUCCUUUAUGUGGGGUAUUUGUUGACGCAGGCACCUUCCAACAUGAUCUUACACCGCAUGAAAAGGCCAUCACUAUACCUCUCGAGCUGCAUGAUGGCAUGGGCUGCUAUCACGGUGUUCAUGGGUGCGGUACAAACAUAUCAUACUGCUCUUAGUUUGCGCUUUUUUAUUGGAUUCGUGGAGGGGACAUUCUUUCCCGGAGCUGUAUUCCUUCUUUCACGAUGGUACAAGCGUAAUGAACUAGGGUUACGCACAGCACUUCUUUUUUGCGGCAACUCCAUCAGUAAUGCUUUUGGUGCUCUUAUCGCUUCGGGAAUUUUAGGAAGCCUAGACGGUACACUAGGUUUUACGGCUUGGAGGUGGCUCUUCUUUGUGGAGGGCGCUUUGACCUUCUUGAUCGCUGUGUCUGCAAUCUGGAUUUUGCCCGAUUUUCCUUCAACACCGAGCGUCUGGCUUUCGCCUGAUGAACAGACACUGGCCAAACGACGGAUGGAGGAAGAAGUCGCGACCGUCGAGCGCGAAGGCAAGCCCGAAGAGAACUUCUCUGGUCUUGCCCAAGCUCUUAUGGAUUGGAGGGUGUGGUGGCUUGGUGUUACUCUUCAUUUGCUGGUCAGCUCGCAGUCAUUCACCAAUUUUUUCCCGACCCUAUCCGCCACAAUGGGUUACAACACGACUACGAGCCUUUUGCUCUGCGUACCUCCAUGGAUUUUGGGAACUUCAACCUCAUUUGUUGUGGCCAGGCACUCCGAUGUAACUGGUGAUCGCUUCUGGCACGUUGUCUGUCCUCUAGUUGUCGGCAUCGCUGGGUUCAUGAUCGCAAUUUCUACAAUGAAUACGGCUAUGCGAUAUCUAUCCCUAUUCUUUAUGGCACAGAGCCCAGCCGCCUUUGUUGUCUGUUUGACCUGGGUCUUGAAUACGUUUUCCCAAUCACAGUCUAAACGCGCUGCAGCCAUCGCACUAAUAAACCUUAUGUCAUCAACUGGCUUCAUCAGUUCAUCAUACUUUUGGCCAUCCAGUUGGGGACCUUCAUACGUGAACUCGUAUCUCAUUUGCAUCUUGACAAGCGUCUUGUGCAUUGUGAUGUGCUGGGUAUUUAGGGGCACCUUUCCCGGUGCAAUGAAGCUGCUGAAGCCGAAGAGAAAGUUCUAGGGCUACCCAAGGGUUUUAGAUAUAUCCUCUAGAGCGCGGUUUGUAACUAAUAGGAUUCCGUCAGUGAGAAUAUAUAUGAAUGGAUACCAGGG